AUGCCUCGAUUCUCCAUGUACAACCUAUAUAAAGCUGCCACGCAUUUGCCAUCAAAGGUCACCGGGCUCUCCCCUCGCCUGCGCCCUGCCGAUGUGAGCUCCGUCGCCCAUGGUCAGCACAGCUGCGUGGUGGCGCGCAACGGCCGGGCGCGUCUUGGCAGGGUCGUCGUCACGGCGGCGCACGUGGCUACGGGGCCCAAGUACUGCCGGCUCCGGGGCGUGGUUGCCAUCGCCGCCCCCGACGCCAUCAGCCGCGAGCUGUUCGAUCAGCGAGCUCGCCCCGGCAAUUACACCGCGUCGAACCAGCUUACCACCAUGAGGAAGGACAGGUUCUUCGAGAUCGAGAUGGAGGUCCGCGACGACGAGCUCGACGAGUACGGCGUCGUCAACAACGCCAUCUACGCCAGCUACCUCCACAGUGGUCGUGACGGGAUGCUUGAGCAGCUGGGCAUCAGCGUGGACUACUGGACGUCCACGGGCAACGCCAUGGCUCUUUCAGAGUUGAACCUCAAGUACUUCGCGCCUCUCAGGAGUGGUGACAAGUUUACGGUCAAGGUGAAGCCUAUUCAAAUCAAAGGCGUACGAAUUAUUGUAGAGCAUAUGGUCGAGACUCUGCCACAUCGUGAACUCGUAUUGGAAGGCAGAGCGACCGCUGUUUGCCUCAACAAAGAUUUUAGGCCAACUCGAGUAUUUCCAGAGUUGUCAGCAAGUUUGAUGGAGGUCUUCUCUUGCAAAGUCGCCUAAAAGAUUACGAGGAUAAUCAUAGGGGGAAUAACAGGAAAUUAUACUCACUGCUUUCGCAUGUAUCUUGUAUGCUGUCAAGGUGUAUAUCAGUAUAUGGCUUGAUAUAUACUUCAAUUUGUUUCGCCAAAUUUUGUGCCUACAAUGCACGAGAUACAUGUAAAGAAAUAAGAGAACCGAGGGAUGCACUGUUUAAGCUCUCUCUCUCAACAACGCGAACAUCUCUUCAGUUGACUUUGCCUUGGUGGUGUUGCAAGACAGAACAUAAGAGCAUCCCCAG